GUGUCUUACUGCCUUAUUUAUUAAUACAUUAUAAACUACAAAGCAUAAAAUAAAAUUGUGAAUUGCAGUGACCAAGAAAAUAUGGUAAAUGUGUUAAAUAUCAUUAAUAUUGUCCUUGGUUGUUGUAUUUUUCUUUUAAAUAACCAAGUAGUGGGAUUAGCUUGGUUUUCUUUUCUUUCAAAGUAAAGUUUGAGCCAGUGUUCUUGACAUUUUUUACUUAUUUUUCUUCAGAUCUUUUCUCAUUCAAUGCCAAAUGGCAUCAUAUCCAGCCCACCCACAACCUUGGAAAAGAUCAUGGAUAUUUAGGCAUCACAUAAUAUUUCAAAAAAUACUAUACCAGACUGUAGCACAGUUUAACUUAGAGGUGGGAUUUGUAUACUUUCUUCUUUGGCUUCUAUUGCUUGUUCUUUUUUUUUAUUGAGAGGACUUUAGCUGCUCAUCAACAUUUGCUUCAUUGUUCAAGCUUCCAUUUAUCACAAAACUCAGUGGACGAAGAAGUGGUCUGCGUUCAAACGUUGGAUAAGUCCUGAACGAGGAAAACACACUGGACAAGAGGUCAACCGAGGUGCUUGAGAUCACCAUGAAAUAUCAAACAAAAAAAAUGAUAUUUCAUGGCUGUAGAAAUGAUGACAUUAGUUAAGGAAGAAGGUUACGUGAUUUAAAUAUAUUUUUAAUAUUGAUCAAAGAUGAUCACAUUUCCCGCUGGUUUGUAGAUUCAUUUAUUAGAGACUUCAAAUUGGAAUCAGUCUUCUCCAGAUAGAUUAAUUAGUUUGUAAUAAGACUAUUUAAGACAAAAAUUACACUUUUAAAAAAAGAGAUUAAAGGUGUAAAGUCUUUUAAAUGUGUUUAGUUUUAAAAGUUAUGUUUUAAAGCUUUAGAAUACAAGUUUUCUGCUGCUGUGAGAAAUCAGUUGGAGCCAGAUGUAGUGGAGUAAAAAAUAUGGUAAAAUAUUUGAGUAACGUAGGACUACAUUAAAGCGGCUCACUCAUACAGGUGAGUUAUAAUGUAGACAAACCUGAGAGCCCCAUCCAUGAGGAUUUCCAGUUUAAACGUUUGUUGGCUGCUUGUAUCUUCAUUCAGGCUCAUCCGUUUCUCAGUUGCCUGGUAGUGAUGAUGAUCAGGCAAUGAAAGCGGAGAAGAUCUACAUCCCUUAUGAGUCAGCUCAACUCUGCAUUGCUGAGAUAGCCAAAGACAUGGCAGGAAUGGAAAAGAAGCACCUGGAAAUGAUCCAAGAACAGAAGGAUAACUUCCAGUUCCAAACGCGAGAGACUCAGUUGGUUCUGCAGAGGGUCAAAUCUCACUACCAGAACAAGUUAAAAACUCUGCGAAGAAUCUUGAACGUCUACCAGGAGAAGAUGGAGAAGAAGAACUAUGAGUGGGAGAGGAAAGUGGCGAAUUUGACAGCACAGAUUGGGCAGCUGCUUGAGGCGCAGAGGGCUGAGAGGUGUAGGAGCAAAGAGGAGGCCCUGCAGUGGCAAAAUGAAAAGAGCAAAAUGUUGGAGUUUUUCUCCAACAAGCUGGACACCUUGCACUGCCACCAGACCUCCAUGCUGCAGGAGCUAAAGAUAGCAAGAGAAGAAAUAGGAAAGGUUCAAGAAAUGUUAGCGGCAUCACAGGAGAACAAACAGGAAAUGACGGAGGAAGAUGAAAUCUUUGAGACCAAAGGAACUGCAGCCCAACAACAAACCCCGAACUGCAAUGACUCUGAAAAACCACUAGAGGGAGCCAAUGCUCGCCUGGAGGGCCUGAAGGAGAGCCUUUCUCAAAGAGAGAAGGAGAUUACUGAACUGCUGGAGACAGAGAAGACCCCCAUGCCUCCUGUCCCGGCUCCACCCUGCAGUGUUUUGCUGCCUGCUGUCAUUCACAAGGCCCAUGCAGUCUGUGGUGCAGUGGCAGAAAGCAGAGAUUAUCUGGACAGACUGAUUGAGGAUAAUCAGGCUGCUCUAGCUGCAGCCAGAGAAAAACUGGAGAAUCUGAACAAUGAGGAAGAAGUCAGCACUGACAGGAAAGACAGAGAGGAUACACAUCACAGUUUUCAAGUUUAAACAUGUUGUCUUUUUUUGAGUUAA